GCCAGCUGGCCUCAUGAAUGGGGAUUUAGCAGCUGGAAAGAUGGCUUCCUCCAGCUGUCCCUUGGACCCUAUUGGCAGCCUGGAGCUCCUGGAUCUCCUGUUUGAUCAGCAGGAUGGCAUCCUGAGACAUGUGGAGCUGGGUGAGGACUGGGACCACGUCGAGGACCAGCAGGUCCUGCCAGUCCCAGACUCUGACGAUUUCCUAAACUCCAUCCUGGGUUCCGGAGACUCGGUGCCCAGCUCCCCGAUCUGGUCCCCUGCAGCCAGUGACAGUGGCAUCUCUGAAGACUUGCCUUCUGACCCCCCAGACACCCCUCCACGCAGCGGGGCAGUCGCCUCCCCCACCAGCUGCCAUGCGGCCGAGUCAGCCAAGGGGCUCUGCCCCUCCUACCAUCCUGGACCCCCCUGCCUUGUCAGUCCCCCUGGGCCAGUGGCCCACGUGCUGGAGGCCUCUGUGGCCAUAGACCUGGAAAUGUGGAGCCCGGACCUCUGUUCCGAGGAGCAGGUUGAGCCGGCCGACCAGCCUCCGUGCUGCAACCUCACGGUGAAAGAUCUCCUGCUCUCCAGCAGCGGGGCCGCCGACCUGCAGCAGCAUCACGUGGCAGGCCCCCACCUGCUGCGCCCCGGGGCUGAGCACUGCCAGGAGCUGGUGCUGACAGAGGACGAGAAGAAGCUUCUGGCCAAAGAAGGCCUCACCCUGCCCACUCAGCUGCCCCUCACCAAGUACGAGGAGCGAGUGCUGAAAAAAAUCCGGCGGAAAAUCCGCAACAAACAGUCAGCCCAGGAGAGCCGGAAAAAGAAAAAGGAAUAUAUAGAUGGCCUGGAAACUCGGAUGUCAGCCUGCACGGCCCAGAACCAGGAGCUGCAGAGGAAGGUCUUGCAUCUCGAGAAGCAGAACCUGUCCCUCUUGGAGCAGCUGAAGAAACUCCAGGCCAUUGUCGUCCAGUCCACCAGCAAGUCGGCCCAGACAGGCACCUGCCUAGCGGUCCUGCUGUUCUCCUUUGCCCUCAUCGUCCUGCCCUCCAUUAGCCCUUUCGUCACCAACAAAGCCGAGAACACCGGAGACUACGCACCUGUUCGAGUUUUCUCCAGAACUUUGCACAACAACGUUGCCUCCCGCGUGGCCCCCGACGUCAUACCAGGCUCCGAGGCCCCAGGACCGCGGUCCAAGGAUGGCACAUCCCAGGAAGGGUCUCCAGGAAGCCCCAUGGCGGACUGGGAAUCUCGGGGCAUGUCGGCUCUGGGCAACUUGACAAAGGGUCUGGACAACUCGACUCUGAUCCCGGACAACUUGGCCCUUGCCCGGGACAACUCGACACUCGCCAAGGACAACUUGACACUGGUCCCGGACAACUCGAUGGAGAAGCUGAAAGGGGCCACCCUGCUGGGCUGGACUGCGCCUGAGCCAGCGCUCAGCUCUGGGCGGGUGGGAUUGGAGGCAGCAGGGGAGGAGCUGUGAGCACCAUCUCUAUGUGCCUGCAGGCCCCUGGGCUUAGGGGACCUUCUGUGGACAGUGACGACGGGCAUGGGGGUGAGAGGUGAGACCUGGCAGAAGAGCCAGGAUGGAAAUGUACAAACUCCCAGACCCCGAAACACACAGAACAUGCCCAGACACAGGACACCCGCAGGGUCACAAAGCCUGAGA